CAUGAGUUUGGAAGAAAAAGGCAAGUUUAUACCUUUUCAUAUUGCUUUAGACAAUAAAAAUGGAACUUUAAAGAAAGUUUUAGAGGAUAAUCCUUUAGCUUUCUCUAGUAUUCUUCGUCGUGUUGAAUCAAAUUCAAAAGGUAUUAGGAAUAUGAUAAAACUAGCUAAUUAUCAACAUUAUUUCUACACUGAUGUUAAAACUGAUCCAAAUCCUACUGAUUUCUUCUACUUUUACAAGAAAAACUAUUGGCCAAUCAUUAGCUUAUUAAUUAAGAAUGAUAAUCCAAGAAAUUUAAGAUUAUUCCUUGAUAAAAUCAACUUGGACGAAGCUAACUUUUGGAGAUCUAGCGUAAUUAAUGGCCUUCUAUUUUAUUCUUGUAAAAGUAUGUGUUUCCAAUCGACAAAGUAUCUUUUGAGUAGAUAUACUUUUGAUUUUCGAUCGUAUAUGGAAGACAGGAGGAUUGGUGUUAUAGACUGUCUAAAAUCGAUAUUUGAGAAUGAAAAAAUUUACAUAUUAGAAAUGAUCAUACAAAAAAGUAAUUUAAAAAGCAGGAAAACCUAUUGCUUUAGAUUAUUUAAAGCCUGUAUGCUCUCUUUAAUGAAGGUGGAACAUUUCCGGAUAUUGUGGGACUAUCUAGCUGAGAAAGACGAUAAACGAACUGUCGAAGAAUUGAUUGACAUCAGUUUAGAGUACGAUAGGCCAGAUAUUUUUGAUUUUCUAAUAAAUGACAGGAAGAAUUCAUUUAAAUUGAUUAUUGACUCUUAUUUUUAUCAAUGGUAUAACGAUCUGAGACACGAAAAUCAGAGUAGAUCUAUUGGUAUCUAUUUAGUACGACACUAUUCUGACAAGCUCAUACAAUUUAUAGAAAAGGACUUUACGAAUGAUGCAGAAGACCUUUGUGAUGUUGCAGUUUAUAAUUUCAGAUUGCCUGGAAAUAGCUUUAAAGAGUUGGAGGUAUACUUAAGUAUUGGAACUUUUAGAAGAUCCUUUGCUAAGAAACUAUAUCUAACUAUUCUUCGCCAAUGGUUUAAAGGAAUAUCACAUAAUUUUCAUUCGGAUGAUAGAGCAAUAAGAUUAAUGAGAUUAUCUAAUCUAUUGAUGAAAUUUUCGCAAAUGUAUAAAUUAUCUUUAGAGCCAUUUUCUAAAUUAUUCUUCAAGUAUUGCUUUAAAAAACUAUCAAUCGAAGAAGAAUAUUUGGAUGAAUUUUUAAAAUUCGCUAAAUAUACAUAUGCAUUACUUAUAAAACAUGGUUGUUUAUUUAACUCAUACGUACGAUAUUUAAAUGAUAAGGAGUUAUCAAAGCUUAUGUGGUUAGGACUAAAUGGUAACAUUAGUCCAAAACGCAAAUGGUUAAACGACAACGGAUUACCAACAAUUAAAUCUCUAUGUCUUUUAAGCUCCUAUGUAGUUAGGAAACACAUAAAAAGACCAUUUUCUGGGAGUUUAGAUAAUCUAUUUGGUAAUAACUGGAUUCUAAAAGAUGCUAUUAAUUUUGGUAGUUUACUUGAAAAUUUUUUAAAUAUAGACCUAAACGAAGGGAAUGACAAAGUAACAAUAAAAUCAUUAGACUAUAUAUAUGAAGAGAAUGAUUCAUGCUACAAUUGUCCGAUUUCGAUACCAGAGCAUCUUAGAUCCGAAAAUUAUGUUGAACCUUGCUACGAAAUAGACGCACAGAAUUUUAGAUAUUGAGUUUGUCAAACUGUUUGUUUCAAAUAAAAAUAUAAUAUAUACUAUAAACGUUGUGCAAUAUUCUUCGUAACUUUAAAAAGUCGAUCACCUUGUCAAUUAAGUUUAAAUUUACGUUUAUUAAUAAUUUAUUGCUGAGUUGUAAUUGACGACCUUACAGUUUUACAGCCAAAUUGAAACAAAUCCAGUAUCUAACAUUUCAUUUCGACCUUGAAAGAGUUUGCAUUCCUUCGAACGACUGCCCUUGGAUACUUUGAAUUUCUUUACCUUCAUUAAUCGAUCUUUGUUUUUGUUCUUUUCAAAUAAUGUAUGUUAUGUUUAGAAACGAAUAUAUAAUUUUAGCCUUCUUUCUAUUUAAACAAGUUGUAAAUACUUGCUUAUAUGUACUUAUAUAUAAAUA